AUGGUCAAGUCCACGACUUCUUCACGCAGAAGCGUCUCUCCGGAACACAUAGGCGAUGGCGGCUCUUCAAAGGGAACGAUCGGAGGGGGCACCGAGACCAUUGGGGAGGGGUUGAUUGUUCAUUCGCGUCCACCAUCUCCCUCUACUGAUACACCGGGUAUUGAUAUUGUGAUUGUACAAGGCCUCGAUCUCAUACACCUUUCGGCAACGGAAAACAACAACGACUUUGAACCUAGUGAAUGGAUCCAGGAUUACAGGGACUCACUGAGACUUUCGCGAUUGACCGUCUUCAAAUACAACGCACUUGAGGUUUUAGAUGGAAAUAAUACUCGGACUGCGCUCCAUCGAAAAGCGGUUCAUUUGUUGCGAGACCUGGUGAAGCUCAGAGAAGAUGAAAUGACGACGGAAUGGUCCAUCAUAUUCGUGUGUCAUGAUAUAGGAGGUAUUAUCGUGAAAGAGGCUUUAGCACUCGCUUCCUUUGAGUAUCAGAAAUGGGGGAAUGUAUUUGACUACACUCGCAUGCUAGUGUUCUCGGACUGUCCCAAUGGUGGAUCUACUACGCAGGAUAUACAAAUCAAGCUAUCCCAGCUGGUGUUCAGUUCCUCCAAGCGAGCGUCUACUAUGGCCCCUUCCAUACUGUUCUCUAUCAAUCAAUUGGCUUAUGCCGUUCAAGAAAUUGACGGACUCUUCAUCGACUCCAAAAUCCUUUUCCAAAGCAUCUUGAUCACUCUUUUUCCAGGCCCACCUUUCCUAGAAUCUUCCCUGGGACUAAAUUUGGAGAAAAGCUUCUUUGGAGAACCUUACAAUGGGCUGAAUGAAUAUCUUGGCAAAGUCGACAUCCGUUUAACACUUCCAAAUAACCAAUACCUACAGCUAAAGCGCACUCUUCUUUCGCUGUCAUCUCCUAUCGAGCCUCUGAACACAACACCCGAUAUCUUGAAUAGCGGCCUCGUUGAGCUUCAGACCUAUAAAGAAUGGAUGGGCUACAGAGGAUCACAGGUAUUGCAUGUGUAUGGCACCGAUGGUAUCCACCAGGCUGGUAUCCAGAUAUUCCAUUCUCUUCGAAGCCACGAGAGGGUUGAGAGUAGUCAUGGUAUGGUGCUUUACUUCUCUUUCGACAACACAGAUGACCGCCGUAGCACCAUGAAAGACAUGCUGUGCACAUUCUUGGCUCAGCUCAUCUGUAAUGCUCCAAAAGAUCUUUCAUCUCAAAUUGAUGCUUAUUUCGAGCAGCUCGACGAAGAGCAUGGCUGGAGUACCCUGGAUCUUCUACAAUGGUACCGUGCUUUCCUCCAGCAUGAUGUAACCGGGAAUGUAUUCUGCGUGGUCAAUCAUUUGGAUGAAUGUUCCGAAGACGAUCAAAAAUCCCUUCUUACACUUUUAUCGACACUAUCUGAGUCCGGAAAGAGCGCUUGGAAGAUGGCUAUUACCACGGGAAAGGUAUCGGAGCCCAUCUUCUCUUUGCUCAGUGACUGGCCAUCAAUCGACGUGGAUGGCAUUGUGUUAGAUGAUCCCGCAAAAGAGCUAUCGAGGAUCGACGACGACGAAGGAAUGUGUCUCCUGCGUCUCAGGCCAGAUAUCCAGUUUAUCGGCCGAUCCCUAGACAAGGAAAUCCACUUCGCUUCUUCUCUCCCCCCACUAGCUCGACAUAUUGUUGUUGAGCAGGCAAGGGUACAUAAAGAAUGGCCGCAAGACUUACCUAUCCAAACAAUCAUGUCUGGGAAACACGAAAAUGAUGAUUCUUCAAAGGAGACCCCCCGGGUUGUUGAGAUGUUCUUGGACGCUUUACUACGAAGGAUACCCGAUCAAGUAUUUGUUCAAAAGUUGUUGACAUGGCUUCUAUAUGCAGUACGGCCGCUCACUAUCUGGGAGUUGGCAACCGCAAUGUCUUUGGGCUCUAUUGACUCAGAAGGCGAAGCUCUGAUAAUCUCAGAGGAGUUUGAAGUGCAAAGUCUGAAGCAGAAACUAGAGGACUGGUUCGUUGGCAUUGUCGAGAUCAAGCUAAACGAAGUUCGAUUCACCGAUCGUCGUGUGAGGGACAUCUUCAUGCGUCGCCAUCAGCCUGACAGCCCUGCGUUUGUAUGGACCGGGAUACAGGAUUCUGCCCAAUAUGAUAUCACUAAGUCCUGCCUUGAAUAUUUAUCUCUUGGCAGUGUCCAACUUGAAAUGGAACGCCUAUAUCAAGGUCCCGAGACCCAGCCAGUCCAUUCUGAUGAUCGACGAAGCCUCUGUGGUUACGCGAUAUUGAAAUGGGCAAUGCAUUAUUCAAGAAUUCAAGACUCUUCAGCUUCAUCGAAAUUGCUCAAUGCUUAUCUGGUUUCUGCUUUAUCGAAUUCUUGGAUUAAGGGGAAUUGGGCACUUUCAAACCCAUUCACCCGAUCCCGCUCCAUCCCCGAGUCCAGUUACUCGGUUUUGGCUGGAUUGGGAAUACUAGGUCCGGUUGAAUCGAAUGACUCAAAAGAGAGGGAAAUGGCUCUUGUCGAAGCAGCAAGAUACGAGGAAUUGACGUCGGUUAGUGAAUUGCUGGAGCCGUUUGAUUUCCCGCAAUCGGUUUUGCUAGAUGCUAUCAUCGCGGCUAGCCAUUCGGGGAAUGAACGGAUCAUGUUGCAAAUGCUUUCGAAGAUCCCUACUCUCGAAACCUCUAGUAUGGAUGAUCGGAUUAUAUAUCUUCUAUAUCGUGCAGCCAAGCUUGGCCUUGCUGAAUUUGUUGAGCAGCUUUUGGCAAAGGGCUGUCCCCCAGAGCCAGUUGGGGAGGUAGGAAUUUACCGGGAUAAGAGCCCACUCAUAUACGCAGCCUGGAAGGGAUAUACUGCAACUGUCCAUGCUUUUAUUGAACAUCAUGCAAAUGUUGAGUUCAGAGACAAAGAUGGCUAUACACCACUGAAUCUAGCUGCAGUUUCGGGGAGUGCUGCCACGGUGAAAAUGCUGGUCCAAGAAGGACAUGCAGAACUUGAAAGCAGAAAUGAUGGCAUGACAGCGCUCUAUUUUUCUUGUCAUAUGUCAAUGCAUCAGACCGCUGCUGUGCUUCUCGAGCUGGGUGCAGACCCUGACAUGGGAUAUUCCAAUGAGACGAGCUAUCCACGCUGGUCGCCCCUCAUCUUAGCAGCUUCGGAAGGAUAUGUGGAAUGCGUGAGGGUCUUGCUCGAACAUGACGCUGAGCCCAAUAUCCCCGGACCUUGGGGAACCGAUACACCACUCAGAUAUGCUGCUAUCCACGGCCAUGCCCAGAUUUGUCAAUUGCUGGUUGAGCAUGGUGCAGACCCGAACAGUCCUCUAAUUCGCCCACCUAUCCUCACAGAGGUGAUUCUUCGAUACUCGGGUGGCUCUGCUGUUUCAACUCAACAAGAUAUGAUUGAGCUGCUAAUUGGACUCGGCGCUGAUAUAGACAAAGAGGGUUCAGAUGGAAAAACCGCGCUGAUCACUGCUGUAAAGAAUGGCGAGCUUGAAAUCGUGAGGCUCCUCUUGAAGUACAAUGCUGCGGUAAACACAAAAGUCUUCGAUAACGACGACGAGUACCCAGGAUGGACAGCAAUGUCCUUUGCAGCGGAUGGUGGCAAUGUGGAUAUUGUCCGAGCGCUGGCAGAUGCAGACGCUGAUCUCAACCAUAAGACGUUUGACAGAGAGCUGGCUCCUCUGCAUCUAGCCAUUUCCAACGAUGCUCUCCGAAUACUGCUUGAAUACCGGAAGAGGAUCGACAUCGACCAGCUCACAUUGAGUGGAGAUACACCUAUCCUACGGCUGCAACGAACGGAUGUACCAAACGACAAUUUGAAGCGUCUCAUCAAUGCUGGGGCAAGUCUGAAUCUACAGAAUAAUCUUGGCGAUACAGUCCUCACUAUCGCCGCGUACGACAACAACCUUGAUAUUGCAUGCUACCUUCUCAAGCAGCAGGAUAUUGAUACCAGUAUUUAUUCUCCAUCUUACGGGGCAGCUCUGCAUCAGGCAUGCCGCCGGGGUCAUACGGAGAUGAUUGAACUGCUGGUUAAGAAUGAUGCCGACAUAAACCAGACAUUGCCAAUAAUAUUUGGAACACCACUUCAGACCAUCUGCGGGAGAUGGGAUCACAAUGGGUCAUCAGCCUCGAUGAGACAUAUGGAGUAUCUUCUUUCCAAAGGCGCCGACAUCAACAAAGUUGGGAGAACACUUGGCACGGCUCUUCAUAUAGCCUGCUGUGCAUGUCCCCCCGAGGUCCUUUCUUUUCUCCUAAGUAAUGGAGCUAAAUGCGAUACCGAGGACGCUCACAGCAGGAGACCAAUUCACUUUGCGGCAUUCCGGGGCAUAGAACAUUUCAAAAUCAUCCUCGAGGCGGGCGCAGACAUCAAAGUUCGUGACGGGAUGAAGAGGACCCCAUUGCAUUGGGCAGUCCAGCGGGGACGUGAAGAGGUUGUCCGGUUCAUUCUGGCCGAAUUGGGCAAGGAGUGCAUUGACGAGGGCGAUAUCGACGGCUGGACUCCCCUAUGCUGGGCUGUCAGAGGUACACCUAGUUUCACUUUUAUCCCAGACAAAUCCGGCUCAGAAGACCCAGACCAAAUAGAAACCAUCAAAGUGCUUCUAGAAAAUGAUGCGGAUAAAACUAGGUAUGGCUCGAUCGGUGAUGUCGAAUGGAGACCCCUGAAGAUUGCGCUGUACAGCGGCGUGCAUCGCGAUGUUGUAAGCCUGUUGAGCACGCCGGACGCGCGGCACAAGCAGAGACGCAGCCAUGGGGAAUCUUGGAUGGGUCCUGAUGGAGACACAAGGCCAGCUGAUUUAAAAGAUGGAAAAAUCUGUGACUCUUGUCUUUGGGCAAUCCAUGGUUUACAGUAUCAUUGCCAAGUUUGUGAUGACUACGAUCUCUGCCACAAGUGCUAUGCUCGCCGAGAUAUUAUUCAUUCUCUCGACCAUACAUGGAGGGAAGAAGGCCCAGAAUAUCCAGAUGCGUCUGGUUCAGAGUCAGGCCGAGAUGAUUCUGCUGAUGAGUCUACCGAGAUGUCUGAUUCCGAUUCCGAUUCCGAUGCGAGCCCUCAUUACAGCAGUGAUGACGACAUUGGCUCUGAGAAGCGGACGAAUGGCGUUGAUGAUUCCGGUGAUCAUAGUGACUCGGAUAACAGCUAG